AUGAGGAGACCGCUUAACAUUCUUAUUGCCCUUCUGGUGAAUGUACAUCUGAUCAGAGAGGUCCAUUCUCUAGUGGAGUUUACGAACUUCAAGUGCGAGUCAAUGGAUAAAAACUUUUCCGAUUUCGAAUAUUGUUUCUUGAAGUCUGUGAACCGGACCUAUAAAUACAUAUCAGGAAAACUGAAACUUUUCCAGAUUCCCCUGAACCACGCUAAGGGCAAUUUCGGACUGUAUCAAUUCGCUAAUGGCUAUAAGCCCUUCCUGUACAACAUAACUGUGGAUGCCUGCAAGUUCUUAAAAAAUCAAAAAUCCAAUCCUGUUGCUGCGUAUCUGUAUAAUUUCGUUAAGGAUUAUUCCAAUAUGAACCACACGUGCCCAUACAGCCAUGACCUUGUGGUGGAUAAGGUAUCAACCGAGUUUAUUAAUCAUCGAGUUACUGCUCUUCUGCCUUUUCCGGAGGGGAAGUACAUGCUCAAAAUGCACUGGAUAGCCUACGACAUUCACCGAGUUGUGUCUAAAGUCUACAUUUUACCCUCGUUGGACGCAUACUAUUUUAGUAUCAAGAGUUUAAAAAUAUCCACCAGAAUGGAUCGAAAUUACUGGACAAUUUUCAAAAACCAUAUGCCGGAAAAUAAGCUGAUGUUAAUCAUCCUUUAAUUUUUUUUUUUUAUUGCUUUAAUCUACUCUUAGACUUUUUUUUAAGUGUUUUUUCAAAAAAUAUCAAAGUAAUAUUAUUAA